GACGAACUCACAACAUGCCUGUAAACCCCGCUAUUCCAACACAUUUGUACAAGAUUGUGACGAGAUGUGAGUCAAAUACGACUUCUGAGUACGAGAUAGAGAAAUGCAGUGGUACUAUCCGUGUGAUUUCCUUUAUUUUACGGCAUACGAAAGAACAUUGUAAGGUUAGUGUCAAAAUCAGUCCAUUACUUAAAUUUGACUCUUUAAAAUCCAGAUCAGACGAGGAUGAGAGUGCAUGAGAGUUGGUAGCCUGCGUGGCUGACGGUCAGCCCGCCACAGAACACCUAAAAGGCGGGCGAGGUGAAGGAGACCGUCUGCCAUGCAGGGGCCGGUUGUAUAAAACUCUUAAUCACUUUUUUAAUCACUAUUUUGUAGUUAAAUAGUGAUUAACUCUCAAAUACGCGCUUCUUAUUGGAUGACGUUUCCACUAACUAUAGUUAACUUUAAUCACCUUUUUAUACAACCGGCCCCAGACUAGCUAGAUUUGGCAAUCUGCACGGUUGUUUAUUUUUAUUAAUUUAAUUUCUUUCUUGCAACAGUUUCGUUCAUACGACAAGCUCAUACUUCAAAAUGUGGCUCCAGUCAGAGAUAUUGAACUUCUUACUGGGAUUAAUUUCUUCUCCAAGCUUCCAGGACAACUACAAGUAGAACUCAAGACAUUUAUUCCUGUUCAACUGUGGUCUUAAUUUAUUCAAAGGUAUCAUGGGUGGUAUAAAAUAACCUCAUGCUUAGAUAAAUUAGGGUUAUAAACCCCACAAGAAGAAUAGAAAACUUUAACUUAUAAAUACUAAACUUUUUUAAGAAUUAAAGGCCAAUUUAUUAAAACUUGAAAUAAUGACUAUCCGGUGACGGUGAGUAGCGUUAUACAGUAAUAUGCUCCUUGCAUCAAAUUUUUACACUCCUCAGGUAACCUAACAGUAUUUUCAACGUACGAAGUGCGAGAACGAAAAAACUACGAAUUUUAAGCCAAAUUAUAUAAUGGCACAAUGGAGGCCUGCCACAGGGGCCCCAACUAUGACCUAUUAUAUCAAUAUGUUAACCCAUAUAUAAUUUCUAUACAGUUACAUUCAUAAAGUGCAUAAACGCGCGUGAAUAAAGCUCCAUACAGUUGUAUCAAAGCGGUCAGUCCACGAAACACGCGGAAGCGAGAAAACGCGCGAGGGAAAGUACGAGAAAAGAAAGCUACUGCUACCCGCCAUCUUUUCAAUAAUCUGAAACCUUAUAUUAUCAUACUGCGAAAUCCCAGAGAUCCAAGUCUAGCGAAUCCUUACUGGCAUCAAUUUGGUAUAAGGUGUCAAUUACCGCAAACGCGAUCUGGGAACGAAAUCAAUGUGUACACCGACCAUCAAUGAUGUGUGCUCGACAGUCGACGGUUUCGAAAUUCGCGUCAUCGUCGCGGAGUUGCCGUCCCACAUCGUAACGUCUCUAUUAAGACUUUUUGGAAACUGACAACUAUUUCCUGAUUGGGGAGCAAACAUAUGAAGUAUAUAAUAUUAAGUAUAUAAAAUUAAGAACGAAAAUAUUGUAAGAAGGAGAAAGUUCGCCAUACAUAGGG